AUGUGCUGUAACAAUGUUCUACCUUCUUUUCUUGUUCCUUCAGGUGUAUCAGUUCCUAUCCCAGUGAUUGGACUGAGAGAUGAAGACAAAGUGUUCGUCAACAACACCACCUGCGUGCUGAAUGACCCAAAUUUUGUUCUUAUUGGGUCCUUCGUAGCUUUCUUCAUACCGCUGACAAUCAUGGUGAUUACGUACUGCCUGACAAUUCACGUUCUUCGCAGACAAGCUUUGAUGUUACUGCGUGGCCACACUGAGGAAUCGUCCAGAGUAAGCCUGGAUUUUCUGAAAUGCUGCAAGAAGAAUACCACUAAUGAAGAGAACUCUGCAAACCCUAACCCAAAUUUGAACCUGCGCCGAAGAAAGAAGAAAGAAAAGCGUCCAAGGGGCACUAUGCAAGCUAUCAACAAUGAACGGAAAGCAUCGAAAGUCCUUGGCAUUGUUUUCUUUGUGUUUUUGAUUAUGUGGUGCCCAUUUUUUAUUACCAAUAUACUGUCGGUUCUUUGUGGGAAGGCCUGUAAUCAAAAGCUCAUGGAAAAGCUUCUGAAUGUGUUUGUCUGGAUUGGCUAUGUUUGUUCAGGAAUUAAUCCUCUGGUGUACACACUUUUCAACAAAGUUUAUCGAAGGGCUUUCUCCAACUAUUUGCGCUGCAAUUAUAAGGCAGAAAAAAAGCCUCCUGUCAGGCAAAUCCCGAGAGUUGCUGCCACUUCUUUGUCCGGAAGGGAGCUCAAUGUUAACAUUUACCGGCAUACCAGUGAACCAGUGAUCAAGAAAGCUAACGACAGUGAGCCCGGGAUAGAGAUGCAAGUUGAGAAUUUGGAGCUACCAGUUAAUCUCUCCAAUGUGGUUAGUGAAAGGAUUAGUAGUGUGUAAUAAAGAGCAGCACAGUCUUUUCCUACAGUAAAGCUACAAAUGUAGGAAAAUGUUCUAUAAUUCUUCUGUCUGUCGUAACUAAUGUAAGUAUUGCUGUCUGAAAAAAAGUGUUUUUAUAUAUAGCUUUGCAACCCUGUACUUUACCAUCAUGUCUACAAUAGUAAGAUUUAGGGUUCUAUAUUUACUGCUUAUAAUAGAUUGAGAAUAACUUACUUUGAUUCUUUGAUGCAUAAGAGGUUGAUUUUUUUUCUUUCUCUUCCUUUC